AUGAAGCCAUCUUCAUUUGACACCUCCUUAACUCCAUCUAAGUUGACAAUUUACAAGGACUCCCACACUGUAACCAAAUUGAAGCCAAAGAUUCGCAUAAUUCACGUUGUAGCCCCAGAAAUCUUAAAAACUGAUGUCAAAAAUUUUCGGGAGCUUGUACAAAGACUUACAGGCAAAACUACUGCAGAAGUUAAAGGUACUACAAAGGAGAAGCAUGAAGUUAAAGGAAGUAUAAAGGAGAGUAAUGUUCAAUCGAAAUCGUUAUGCACUUGCUGCAGCAAGCCAAAUAAGAACGAGGAAUCAGGUGAAGAUAUUGUGAAGGAGAGUGAAGGAGAAAUAUAUGGGGACUUUCCAAAUGGAUUUUUGAGGUUUCCUGCAGAUAUUGAUGACUUCUUCAAUAAUCAAGAGGAGAGUGAAUUAUCUAUACCCCAGUUUGAAUCUUCUCAAAUCAACAUGUUUGGAGAAAUACAUCUUUACUAG